AUGUGCACAAAUGUCAUCAAUAUAUCCGAAUCUUUAAGUGAGGAGAAUGUAAAUGAAUUGACCAUGUUACUAUUCAAAGUACGACUUAAACCGUUAGGUUCUACUUACCAAAUCGAAUUCGAGGAGCAGGAGAAAUUCAAUCUUACUAGUUUAGUUUUACCAUUGAUAUUCCAAAGUAGAAGUGGAGGUUCAUUUUCAAUUAGGCCAGUUCCACGUGAUAAGGAGAAUAAGAAACCAUAUAUACAU